CAGAUUCUCGAAGAACGGCCUCCUAAACUACAAACCUUACCAGCCAUGUCGCUUGAAGACAAAAAGAAUGGAAUUACAAAUCUCAAGGCUCAUUUUGCCACAUCUUCCUUAUCCACACCAUCUGAUCCAUCUAACAAAGAGCAAGUGGAUAUUGAUUGGGAAAAUAUGGGAUUUGGUCUGAUUCCCACUGACUAUAUGUAUAUUGCAAACUGCACUAAAGAUGGGUGUUUUGAGGAGGGCAAACUGAUCCCUUAUGGAAAUCUUGAAAUUAGCCCAGCGGCUGGUGUGUUGAAUUAUGGGCAGGGUAUAUAUGAAGGCACAAAAGCAUUUAGAAGAGAAAAAGGGGGCAUCUUUUUGUUCAGACCGGACCAGAAUGCGAUCCGAAUGCAGAUUAGUGCGGAAAGAUUGUGCAUGCCUUCCCCUUCAGUUGACCAAUUUUUGGAAGCUGUAAAACAGAUUGUGAUGGCUAACAAGCGUUGGAUACCUCCUCCAGGAAAGGGGUCUCUCUAUAUUAGGCCUAUACUAUUUGGAAGUGGACCGGUUCUUGGUCUAGCUCCAGCUCCCCAUUAUACAUUUGUAAUCUAUGCCUCACCGGUCGGAAAUUAUUUCAAGGCACCUCUGAACAUAUACAUCGAGGAAGAGUUCCACCGCUCCUCGCGAGGUGGAUCCGGUGGUGUGAAAAGCAUUACUAACUAUGCACCGGUAAUGAAAUCACUAUUGAGAGCAAAAGGCAAAGGAUUCUCCGAUGUACUCUACCUUGAUUCAACUCAUAAGCGAUACGUAGAGGAGGUGUCUUCAUGUAACCUCUUCAUGGUCAAGGGGGACGUUGUUUUGACUCCACCAGCAGGCGUCACAAUCCUUUCGGGUAUUACAAGGAAAAGUAUAAUUGAUAUUGCACGAGAUUUAGGGUACAAGGUUGAAGAAAGAGUGGUGGAUGUUGAGGAAUUAUGCAAUGCUGAUGAAGCAUUUUGUACUGGAACUGCAGUCGGUAUUGCUCCAGUUGGAAGCAUUACUUUCAAAGAAAAAAGGAUUCUGUACAAAUUAGGAUCAGGGACAGUGGGGCAGAAACUAGCCUCAACACUCUUAGAGAUACAAAGAGGUGUAAUUGAAGAUAAGAUGGGAUGGGUUGUGGAGAUUGAGAAACAAAACUGAUGAUGCAAUUAUGUAUAGUUGCUCUAAACUUUUAAUUUGUUUGGGCUAUGUAUGCCUUAAUACUGUUUGCGUAUUCAAACUUGUUAUACCGAAUUGAAGGCCUUGCCUAUAUAUAGUACACAUACUUCUCGGGGAUGUUGAAAAAAUAUUACACAAGUGAUCAAAAUGAAUAAUAAAUUUCACUCUUCCUUUUGA